AUGGCUGUAAGUGAGAUAAUGAGCCAUCUGCCUGUGCAUUCCCUUGAUUCUUCUUUAAGGGAUUUACUUAGCGAUGACUUAUUUAAUGAUGAUGACGAAUCGACCAAGUCGAGAAAUGAUCAGAGAAGUGAAGUAUUUCAAGAAUGUCUGAAUCUUUUUAUAAAAAGAGAAAUUAAAGAUUGCCUAGAAAAAAUGGCAGAAGCUGGAUUCAUCGAUCUUGCUGUUUUCAAGUCAAACCCUAUGAUAUUGGAUUUGUUUGUCAGCGCCUGUGCUAUUGUACCCAGCUUCAUCGGGUUAGGUUUAACGCUGCAAGGCGAUAUUUUGAAUAUAUUCACAUUGGACGAUCCUCAAUGUAUUGAGAUACGAGAAAUUAUCCUCAACGAUCUCAAUAAACUUUUGGUCAUCAAUAAAUUCUUUCGAUGCUGCAUCAAAGUUAUUCAGUUCAACGUGAUUGACCAGGCAGAACAAGAAGAAAAAACCCUGGAGCUUGAAUCCAUAAUUAGUAAUUUCAUUUUCAUAUACACGACCAAAAUGAGGACAACCAUGGAUGUAUUUGGUUUGCAAGAGUUAAUUGAGAUAUUUAUCUUUCAGGUGAAAGUAAAGUUACAACAUAAAAAACCCUCUCCGAAUUUGUAUUGGACGCUUUGCAAGACAUUACCAAAUUUAUCUUCAACUCUAAAGGGUCUUUACUUAUCUAAAGAUGUUUCCAUAGAGGGUGCUAUUCUGAACUCAAUAGAUAAUAAAAUGCAAAAAGAUAAGACGAAAUCUAAAGGAAAACAAAGGGGCGUGAAACAAAAAAUUCACCAUUUUCAAGAGCCCUUGUUGCACGGUGGUAGUGAAGAACAGAUCAAGAUCGAGGAUCCAUUCAAUCAACACACCUCCACUGAUGAUAAAGUUCAUAGUACUGGGACGACACCCCGUAAAAUAAAGAACGACAUUACUGUUCUAGCUGGUUCCGUUUGGACUACUCUAAGACAUCAUUUUACGGGAAAUAUGCUGAACAAGAAUGGACUUUUGUUCGCAGGCCUGCUGUUAUUACUAUGUGUCAAAAAAUAUAAGUCAUUGAUGGCAAUUUUCAAACACGUUCCAGCUGCCUUUCACACCGUAUACCCCCAGAUUACCGGAUUGUUAAAACUUCUAACGAGUAUAUGA